AACGAAUCACUGAGGCCUUUUUUGUCAUUAUAUCGCAAAAUCCGGCCUCGCUCCGCGGCGCUCUUUAUUAGGGUUCCAUCUUCCGCCAUUAGGGUUCUUCGGCGGCCGCUGGGGUUUCUUCGGCACUGAACCAAAGAAGGAAGCGAUGGCUCCGCAGCCAAAUACUGGGCUCUUUGUCGGGCUGAACAAAGGCCACAUCGUCACCAAGCGGGAGCUGCCUCCUCGCCCAUCCAGCAGAAAAGGGAAAACCAGCAAAAGGGUGCACUUUGUGAGAAACUUAAUCAGGGAAGUUGCUGGGUUUGCUCCUUACGAGAAGAGGAUUACUGAGCUUCUUAAAGUUGGAAAGGACAAGCGUGCCUUGAAAGUGGCAAAAAGAAAGUUGGGUACGCACAAGAGAGCCAAGAAGAAGCGCGAGGAGAUGGCUAAUGUUCUGAGGAAGAUGAGGUCUGCUGGAGUGACCGAGAAGAAGAAAUAAUGUAGUUUGGGGGAGUCCAUGGUCAAGUAUUUUGAAUUAUGGGAGCUUAUGAAGUAUAUUUCUUUAUGUGCCCGCUAAUGUAGGGUCUUGUAGACAGCGAGACAAUUUAAUUUUGAAAUUUGACGAUUUUUAGGAAAUCUGUGUUUUCAGUUUUUGAGUGUUGUUUUUCUUUAUUUGUGAGAGGGUGAUUCACUAAAAUUGUUCCAUUGUGGCCCAGAGAUCUUGGGUUCAAAAUAUGAAAAUAUCCUCUCGGUACUAGAA